AUGCCUGGUUAUGCUAUGUAUCUUAAGGACAUCAUAAGUAAGAAGAAGAAAUUGACUGAAUAUGAAACUAUAGCUCUUACCGAAGGAUGUAGUGCACUUUUGACCAAUAGCAUACCCCCUAAGCUCAAAGAUCCAGGAAGUUUUACCAUUCUUUUUUCAAUAGGUGGGAAGAAAAUAGGGAAAGCCUCAUGUGACUUAGAUGCAAGUAUCAACCACAUGCCUCUAUCCGUUUUCAACACCUUAGAUAUAGGAGAGGCUAGACCUACCAUUGUUACACUUCAAUUGGCCAACAAAUCCAAUGCAUACCCUAAGGGAAGGAUUGAGGAUGUUUUAGUGCAAGUUGAUAAAUUCAUAUUCCCGGCAGAUUUUAUCAUACUAGACUUUGAGGUUGAUAAGGACAUUCCUAUUAUUUUAAGGAGACCAUUCCUAGCCACCGGAAGAACUUUGAUAGAUGUCCAGAAAGGAGAGCUGACUAUGAGACUUCCGGACCAAAAAGUCACAUUUAUUGUUUUUAAAUCCUUAAAGUACCCUGAUUACUUGGAGGAGUGCUCAAGCAUAGCUGAGAUAGAGGUAAUCUAUCAUGAGGAAGGAAUCAAGGAAACCCUUAAGUUUAAAGAAGAGAGUGAUGAGGAAUUAGAGGAACAGACCGUUGAGGAAGUAGAGGCAAUAUGA